GUUUCACUUCCUCCUCAUGGGACAACAAUUAACUUCACAUGGGGUCCUGUUUGCUGGGCUGUACUCGAUAUACCAAUGUAAUCUAAUGAGACUGACAAAAGGUAAUUUGUGGUAACAAGGAAGGCUAAACCUAAAAUGGGUAAGAAGAAGUCUGCCAUGGGGCUCGGGAGAUCGUUGAUAAAGGAGAGACUCAACGCAGGCCGAGGCAACAAGAGGGGCGAUACUUGGCUCCACACCAGUGAACUGAACGAUGGCUACGAUUGGGGUCGUCUCAACCUGCAGUCAGUGACUGAGCAGAGUUCUAUGGAUGACUUCCUUGCAACUGCAGAAAUGGCAGGGACUGAGUUUGUUGCAGAAAAGCUCAACAUCAAGUUUGUGUCAGCUGAAGCUCGGGCAGGAUUACUGACAGCCGAGGAGAUGGCAAAGUUGAAAAAGCUGCACGAAGAGAACAAACAACUCCUUAGAAUUCCACGAAGGAGAAUGUUCGAGCACUCACCAAGGGGGUCCAGUCUUACAUGGGCUACAAGCUAGGCAGUAUAGGCCAGCGUGAACAGAUAGGGCAACCUGGCACGGAACAGCCGGUGGUCAAACCCUGGAAGAAGCAUGGCAAUAGAAACAAGAAAGAGAAAGUACGCAGACUCACCAAGCACCUGGAUGCCUGAAGAAUAUCUAUAAACUGUUAGAAGUCGCUGAUAGUCUAGAGUGGAAUGGAGUGUUAACCCACAAAGGACUUUUCAAUGCAAUCCACGGGUAUUGGUGCUUUGUUUGUACGUAGAUACUGGUCAACAACAGUAACCUCCAUUGCAUUUUGUAAUAUGGAGAACCAGGGAUAGGUUGCCUUUUGAUAUAAAAACAUUCUGAAUAUUGUGAAUUAUCAUGCAUUGCAGUGACGAUACAUUCAAGCAUUUGAUUAUGAUUGAGUUGUGCAACAAAUCUCACAGAAGUUAUGAGUGUAGCAACAAGAGCAGAGUAGGGGGUCAACUAAAUUCCAGGAUUUUCAUAAAUUGAAUGGAAUUGAGCCUUACUCUGAACCAGAGAAGUAAUCGCUAAGGAGAUCAAUCAAGAUUUAUUUGGUUAUAUGCGUUUGUUACAUAUACAGAAAGGUCAGACUUGAACUUUACAGAGAUAAUGAACUACAGGUAACUGCCGAAAUAAAGGAAACAACAAAGUGUCUUAAUAGGGAGUGGGGCCACCACGAGCAAGAACAGCUUCAAUGCAUUUUGGCAUAGAUUUUACAAGUGUCUGAAACUAUUGGAAGGAUGUGACACCAUUCUUCCACGAGAAAUUACAUUAUGUGGUGGUUGUUGAUGGUGGUAGAAAACACUGUCUCAGGUGCUGCUCCAGAAUCUCCCAUAAGUGUUCAAUUGGGUUGAGAUCUGGUCAUCAAACCAUUCAGUGACCACUCAAGUCCUCUCAUGUGUAUGGGGGAAUUGUCAUCCUAUGGGGCCAUGGUAGCCAAAAUAAUAAAUAGCCUGCCCAGUA